AUGUUUCGUUCAUUAAUUCGUCCAAACACAUGUAUUCGAUGUUUAGCCAAUCGAAUUCAAUAUAAUAGUACGAAUAAAAGUAAAUCUGAAAUCGAUCAGGGUACUGUAUUUAUUCGUAAAGAUGUUCAAGAUUUACUAACAAAUAUAACUGGCUUUGAUUUAUCGCGAAUAUUUAAAUUACGUAAUAAUAAAAAUCUCGACCGUAUCGCCUAUAAAUAUUUAACUGAUAAACAACUCAAAGAAGAACAAGAAAAAACAAUAGAACGUGGUCGAGCAAAACUGCAAAUGCCACCGGUUUUAUCUGAGGCCGACGAAAACAUAGAAGUUCUUGAAAAAGACGACAUGUUGAGUGGUUUUUCAUCAAGUAAACAUUUAUUUAUUGAUAUAUCACUUGGAAUACCAAUACGAAAUCGGCUUAUUGUCGCUCGAGAUGUUGAUGGUACAGUACGAACAGCAACAUUAGAUGAAAAACGACGAAUGAGACAAAUCUAUUUUCCAAUUGCUGGAAGAGAAUUAGUCAUGCCGAAAAUGUUUGAAGACGAACAUUUAGAAAAAAUAUUAGAACGAGGUGAUUAUGAAUUUUUACUUGACCGAGCAUGUGUUCAAUUUGAACCGGAUGAUCGAGAUUAUAAGCGGGUGACUCAAAGAACGUAUGAACAUAUUGAUCAAACAAAUUCUUAUGAUGUACUUCGAUCAACAAGACAUUUUGGCCCAAUGACUUUUUAUUAUGCAUGGUAUAAAAAAGUCGAUCGACUAAUGAACGAUAUGAUUAGAAGAAAUUUAAUGAACGAUGCUGUUGCAGUUCUUCAACUCUAUGCAAUUAUUCAUCCAAAUUCCAAAGUAGCCACAUAUAACUUUAGUGAUACAAAUUCUCAUGAUCUUAUUCAAGCCUAUAUUGAGAAUGAAGCUCGAAUACCAGACUUACUUAGUGACGCACUUCGUCAACAAUCACGAAAAACUCAACAAACUGCUGCUGCUGCUGCUAGCGGAUAA